CUCGCCCGAGUUCCAUCCCAGCCGAGGUCGAUGGCUGUCCGAGGCUUUUUGAACGUCUGCCAACCUGACGUCGACAACCGCCAGUCCCAACCGUUGGUAACUGUUCGACUUAGUUUGUUUCCGAAGGCCUGUUUCUGGAUAGCAGUAACCGUCCUCCCGGCGCAACGUCCAACGUCGUGAGCCUCUCCAAACGCUCACACGCUGUUCCUGACCCCCACCCCCGCAGUUACAAAGUCUGGAGUGGAUAUCGACAUUGCCAGCCACGGGUGCUUUCUUUGUUGACUUCACUUGCUGGUGGGCUUUUUCAGUAAAACGAAAUGCUUGCUUCUCCGCACCCCGCAUUCUCAAAAGAUGUGAUCCCCCGCGUGCCAUCUGUCUUGUCUGGGGAAAUCUCCCUCUGCGCAUGUGAUGGCCGUACCGGGAAAGGGCCUCCGCGCAUCUUCGUGCGAGGUCGUGGAAUUUGUCGCUUGGCGAAGCCUUGGAUGUCGGCCCCAUGUUCCAAUCCGGUGUCCCGUUGCCAGUUGCGGAUUUCAACACUGGCCAUUGCCUCCACGCCCAAAAGCAUUGGGGAACAACCGCCAUUUGACGCCACAGGUCCACUGUUGUCGCUGGACCAGCCGAGGCUGACCUCUGCGACGAGCCCGGACAACCCGGUUAGCUCCCACACCCCUGUCGCACUCGGCUCAAGACCAACUUGGACGAGACACAUGCUGCCGAGCGCCGACCCUGUUGACGAAAAGGAGACCAUCUCCCCGUCAGCUUGUGGCUUUUUGGGCCGCUUCUACUCAAAACCAUUCCUCCAUCCUCCAACGACCUCUGACGCCAACCUCCCCCUAGCUGCCACUUGUGUGUUUUGA